AAAGCUCAUUUACCUCCUGUUAUCUGUGAGGCCUCUUUUGUUGCUUACGAUAUCGCCCAGCUCUUGAGCACCAACAAUAGCCAUGUAAUCGGGCUCUCUUUCGCUACUCACUUACUUCAUGUCCAUUCCAAUUCUGUAUUCCUUCUUCUCGCCUCUGGUGGCCUUGUUCGCCUUUUACAUGACCUCGUUUACGAGCUGGACAAGGUGGAUGGUGAGUUAGUGGCUGUGUUUCAGGCUGCUCUGGAAUCUGAAGUUAUUACAUGUGACCUUAACUGCGUGCCUUUGGACCUGACGGCUGUGGCAAAAAUCUUCUAA